UGUCUGCUUCAGGCCUCCAUGAGGAGCCCAAACAUGGAGACGUUCAAACAGCAGAAGGUGGAGGACUUUUACGACAUUGGGGAGGAGCUGGGGAGCGGCCAGUUUGCCAUCGUGAAGAAGUGCCGGGAGAAGAGCACAGGGCUGGAGUACGCCGCCAAGUUCAUCAAGAAGCGGCAGAGCCCGGCCAGCCGGCGGGGCGUGUGCCGGGAGGAGAUUGAGCGGGAGGUGGGCAUCCUGCGGCAGGUGCUGCACCCCAACGUCAUCACGCUGCACGACGUCUUUGAGAACCGCACCGACGUGGUGCUCAUCCUCGAGCUAGUGUCCGGAGGAGAGCUCUUCGACUUUCUGGCCCAGAAGGAGUCCCUGAGUGAGGAGGAGGCGACCAGCUUCAUUAAGCAGAUCCUGGAUGGGGUGAACUACCUUCAUGCCAAGAAAAUUGCUCACUUUGAUCUCAAGCCAGAAAACAUUAUGUUGUUGGACAAGAAUAUUCCCAUUCCACACAUCAAGCUGAUUGACUUUGGCCUGGCUCAUGAAAUAGAAGAUGGAGUUGAAUUUAAGAACAUUUUUGGAACUCCAGAAUUUGUUGCUCCAGAAAUUGUAAACUAUGAGCCCCUGGGACUGGAGGCUGACAUGUGGAGCAUAGGCGUCAUCACCUACAUCCUCCUCAGCGGAGCAUCCCCUUUCCUGGGAGACACAAAGCAGGAAACACUGGCAAAUAUCACAGCAGUGAGUUACAACUUUGACGAGGAAUUCUUCAGCCAGACGAGCGAGCUGGCCAAGGACUUCAUCCGGAAACUUCUGGUUAAAGAGACCCGGAAACGGCUCACCAUCCAAGAGGCUCUCAGACACCCCUGGAUCACGUCCAAGGGAGAGAGCAGAGCCGCAGAACAGAGGAAGGCAGAGCCAGCCCAGCUAAAGACCAAGCGCCUGAGAGAGUACACCCUCAAAUGCCACUCAAGCAUGCCCCCCAACAACACCUAUGUCAACUUCGAGCGUUUUGCCCGUGUGGUCGAGGACGUGGCUCAGGUGGACCAGGGAUGCCGUGCCCUGGCAGGGGCCCAUGACACCAUUCAGGAUGAUGUGGAGACCCUGAUCUCCAUCUACAAUGAGAAGGAGGCUUGGUACCGAGAGGAGAGUGAGAGGGCCCGGCACGACCUGUCCCAGCUCAAGUACGAGUUCCGCAAAGUGGAAUCCUUGAAGAAGCUCCUGCGAGAGGACAUCCGUGCCACAGGAUCCAGUCUUGGAAACACGGCCAGGAAAUUGGACCAUCUGCAGGCACAGUUUGAAGCUCUGAGGCAGGAGCUCUCGGCAGACCUACAGUGGCUCCAGGAACUAGUGGGUGGCUUCCAGCUGGAGAGUGGAAGCAUGGACAGACUGGGCUCCGUGUUCCACCCAGACACCAAUGAGUCCCUGGUGGAGCUGUUCAGCAGAUCCUGCAGCAAGGAAGUCUUGGCCGGCUUACAGCUCUGAGCUCCAGAAUCAAGUCUGUAAUGCCUCCUGGAUGGUUUGCUGAAGCCUGUUCCCAACUGCCCUGCCAGGCAGGGCAUCCACUAGAAUUAUCCCGCAGGGGUGUGUGUCUGUAGCAUAGCCUUCCACCUCCUCUGCAGAAUCCAGAAUCAUGGCACAGCUAGCUAAUUAUUCAUUUUGCACUUCCUCUCACCAGCCUGGUUUUCUGAGCGGGUGGCUGGUAGAGCAGCCAAGCUGUUCAAAUGAUCAGCAGUGAAUACCCCUCAGCGUCUGCUCCUUCAGAGGGAGGACAGCGGUCCCUGGGGAGAGGCUUGAUAACUGACUUGUGAUAAUGGGUGUGUUCACAUCUCACUUCCCACCCAACAUAUUGCUGGUCCUGGGUCAUAUUUGAGCUAAUGAGGGAUAACAGUAAGUCAGCUUGGUGCUUUCCUGCUGCUGAAGGAGGGAUUUUAAAUGUGUGGAGAAAAUCUUACUUUUCAUUUACACUGACUUUUCACUUACCAACCUUUGCGUCUUUGAUCUUUACAAGCUCUCUGGGAGACAGGAAGGUAGGCAGUAUUAUUAUCAUUGUUAUUAUUUCCAUGUAACCCAUGAGGAAAUUGACUCCGAGAGGGAAAAUGACUUCCUCAGGAUCAUUCAUCCCUAGUUGAUACAGAUGAAACAGAAAGAUGAGAUAUAUGGGAGGAGAUAGUGAGGCUUUCGAUAAAGAUCCGCCUUAACAUUAGCAUUUAGAUCCCUGCGGUAACAUAGGCAACCUUAUGUAUUUUGCCAGGUAAGGUGGAAGCCUCACACCUUCAAGCACUUAACUCCAAGAAGUGUGUCCUAGAAGUUUACUGUUUACUGUUCCCGUCCAGCCCUGUCCCUGUCUGAAGACCAGCCUGUCUUUUCUCCACCCUUGCGUUGGGAACGAAGACCAAAAAGGGCUCAGCGAGCAGCUUCCUCUUCUUAUGUACUUAAGGGCUAAAGAGUGUGGACAUUCAGCUUGGGAAGCAUAAAGCUGAGUGGUCCCCUCCCUGAGGACAGAAUCAUUUCCUCUCCCUUUGCCUGGAGGAGGGGCCCGUCCACCAGCUCACAGAGACCAAGCAUGGCUUGUGGGCCUAGCGUUGUGCUGAAGGCCUAGGGGUGGGGGAACAGAUUGUAUGGUUUCUUGGGGCCUUCACAGACUCUCAACCCCCCUUGUCAGGCGGGGUAAAUGCCAGUCCCAGUUUGGAGAUGAGGAAAUGGAGAGGAUGUGAUUUGCCCAGUGUGGCAAUAGCACCACAAGUGGAGGCCUUUCGAUGCUGUCUGUUGCUCCUUCUGCCCUAACUGCCCCAGGUUCCAGGAGUUCACUUUCUGCUGUGGGGCAGGUUAUACCAAGAUGCAUCCGUCUGUCCACUCACAGAGUUUGUAAGCACCUAUCAAUUGCCAGGCACUCAGCCUGCCCCCAGAGAUACAAUGCUGAGUAAAAACAGGCAUAUUUCACAGACAUUUUCAGUACAGUGAAGGAUUCCAACAUUAAUCAAGAACAUUCUGGAAUUUCCUGUUGUGGCACAGUGGAAAUGAAUCUGACUAGUGACCAUGAGGUUGCAGGUUUGAUCCCUGGCCU